ACCCAUAUAAGUGGGAACACUUGUGUUUCCCCGGGUUCUUUCUGAGUCUGCUGCUGCUGUCCUAUAACCAUGAUGCUCCAGGCGGCUGUGCUCAGUGUCCUCUUCUUCUCUGUCUACAGUUUUACUAUACAGGCUUCCUUUGAAAAGCGUGAGGAGAACUCCAACAACACCAUUGAAGAUGACAAUUUCAGUGUGUCCACGCUCUUGGAGAAGGCCAAUGUUAAUCUUGGAAAGAACCUUGAUGACCCUCUGGUGUUAUUUGGAGACAUAGCAGUGCCAACAGAUCUACAGAACGCUGAUCCCUGCACAGCACGAGGCUGCCUGUGGCCUAAAGCCACCGACGGCAACGUCUACGUACCCUACCGCAUCUCCAACCAGUACUCCACAAGAGAGAGAGAUACCAUCAUCCAAGGCCUGCGUUCAUUUGCUCAGUCCACUUGCAUCCGCUUCACCCCCUUGGCUAAUGGACAAGAGGACUUUGUGGACAUUCAGUCUCUCGGAGGGUGUUUCUCAUAUAUUGGGCGUCGUGGUAGAGGCCAGGUAUUGUCUUUGAUGCGCCAGGGCUGUGUUUUCCUGGAGGUCAUCCAACAUGAGCUGCUCCACGCCCUGGGCUUCCACCAUGAACAGAACCGGUCCGACAGGGACCAGCAUGUUCGCAUUCAGCUGCAGAACGUCAUUCCUGGAAUGGAGUCCCAAUUCACCAAGGUCGAAACAAGGAACCUUGGCACUCCCUAUGACUACGGCUCUGUCAUGCAAUAUGGAAGGUUUGCCUUCUCUAGAAACAGGCAGCCAACCAUCGUUCCUAUCCCGGACAACAAUGUAGACAUUGGCAGAGCCACCCAGAUGAGUCCUAAUGACAUCCUUCGUGUGAACCGCCUGUAUGAAUGCAAUUCGAUUGCUUCCAGACGUCACCUGAAACCUGGGCAAAGAAAGCAUUUCCUCUUAAAAACCUGGAUUGAAACCUCAGCUGCACAAGUCCACACAGAGGAUCCAAGGUCUGCUAGGAUGGCUCGCAUGUCUGUUUUCAGAUUCUCAGCUCUGGCUCUGCUGCUGCUGUCUGCCUGCUGUUGGGCCGACAAUGAGGCAGAGGAUGACUCAGCAGAGCUAUCUGUCUCUGAACUUCUGGAGAGAGCCAACAGUAAUCUGAUCCGUUCUGCCAAUGAUCCCAUCCUGACCGGAGGAGACAUCGCCAUCGGCAGCGAGGACGAGAGAAACGCCGACCCCUGCACCAGCCGAGGCUGCAUGUGGGGCAAAUACACUGACGGGAAGGUCUACGUUCCUUAUUACAUCACCAACCACUUCUCCGACCGGGAAAAGGCUAUCAUUGUCCGUGGACUGGAGUCCUUCUCUUCCUUCUCCUGCAUCCGCUUCAGGCCCACCCAAAGCAACGACCGUGACUGGCUGAGCAUCGAGUCCCAGAAUGGCUGCUACUCCUUUGUUGGCCGUCGUGGUGGGAAGCAGGUGGUGUCUCUGGCCCGGAGUGGAUGCCUUUACCAUGGCACGGUGCAGCACGAGCUGCUCCACGCUCUGGGCUUCAACCAUGAACAGACCCGCUCUGACAGGGACAACCACAUCAGAGUCAUGCUGCAAAACGUUCAGUCUGGAAUGGAGCACAACUUCAAUAAGAUCGCCACCCUGAACCAGGGCACUCCCUACGAUUACAACUCUGUCAUGCAGUACCACAAGUACGCCUUCUCCAAGAACAACCAGCCCACCAUGGUCCCCAUCCCCAACGCCAACGUGUCCUUUGGCAACGCUAAGGAGAUGAGUCGCAACGACAUUGCCAGGCUCAACACUCUCUACAAGUGCUAAGAAGCGUUUUCAGAUGUGCUGACAGACGAUCAGAGGCUCCCUGACCAACAGAAGCUGCAGCCCUGAACUCAUCAGCACAACAGCCAAUGAUCAUUCAAUAAAGUUACUUUGACUGGAAUGAAA